AUGUCACUCACAAUCUACUUCAGCAGCGUCAGUGGCUCCAGAGAGCUGAAGCAGCAGCAGGCUGAGAUUUUCCAGUUUCUGGAGGCAAGGAACAUUCAGUACAACGCCUUGGAUAUCGCACAGAGCCCAGAUGUUAAGGAUGAGAUGAGGAAAAAGGUUGGAAACCCCACGGCCAUGCCACCCCAGAUCUUCAACAAAGACACAUACUGCGGGGAUUAUCAAAUGUUCUUCGAUGCAAAAGAAGAGGGCAAAUCAGAGGCAUUUUUCAAACUGUAG